ACAUGGGGUGAGCACGAACCCUCCCCAUCUCCCUCACAGGUGCCCCGGUGGCCGCCGCGGCCGCCGCUGUGAGUGCGAAGGGCCGGAGGAGGCGGAGGGGGGCUGCCGACCCCAGAACAGCACGGCCCCCCCCUGCAGCGGGAGGGGACGCUGCGUCUGCGGGGCGUGUCGGUGCCCCCCCGGGCUGAGCGGCCGCUACUGCCAAUGCGAGGAGGGGGCGUGCGAGCGGCACGAGGGGCUGCCGUGCGGAGGAGAGCUGCGGGGAGAAUGCGUGUGCGGGAGCUGCCGGUGCCGCCCCGGCUUCGGCGGCCGCGGUUGCGGGUGUCCCCUGGCGCUGGACGGCUGCAUGCGGGGCGGCACCGAAUGCAGCGGGAACGGACGCUGCGAAUGCGGGCGCUGCCGCUGCCGGCGCGGGUUCGUCGGAGCGCUGUGCGAGCGCUGCCCGAACUGCGCCGGGCGCUGCGUGAGGCUGCGGGACUGCGCGGACUGCGCUGCCUUCGGGCGGGGGUCGCUGCGGGGGAACUGCAGCCUCGCGUGCAACGGGACGGCGUUGCGGGUUCUGCCCCCCCCCGCGCCCCUCGGCGCCGCGCUGUGCCGGGAGCGGACCCCCGACGGCCGCGUCCUCGUGUUCCUGGUGGAGAGCGGGGACGGGGAUGAGGACGAGGAGGGGGGGGACGUCGCCAUCACCGUGUGGACUGAGGAGGCCCCGCUGCUGCAGUCCCCGCUGCUGGUGGCGGUGGUGGCGGCGGCGGUGGCGGCGGGGCUGCUGCUGGUGGCCGCGUGGGGCCGCAUCUCCGUGGAGCUCCACGACCGCCGCGAGUUCCGGCGCUUCGAGCGAGAGCGGCUCCGCGCCACGUGGGAUCAGGACAACCCUUUGUUCAGGAGCGCGACCACCACCACCGUCAACCCCAACUACCUCGGGGGUGACAACGGGGACGGCGCCGCCGGGAUCCCGCAGUGACUCCGGAAUGUCCGCCGGAAGGGGGGGGGGGGGGGGGGGGGGGGGGGGGGGUGGACACCGCUUGGGACCCCCCCAAACCGAGAAGCAGAGCCGAGGGUAGAAAAGGAGAAUGACGUUUAUUUAAAUACCCUAACGAACGCCACCAAGGACCGACACCACGCUACUGGUAAAAAGAGACGACUUUAUGACAUCUUAUAAAAACUACAGCUUAAAAGUGACACCCCCUCCCCCCCCCCCCCUCAACCUCCCG